AUGCCUUUUCACGUGGAGGGUCUGGUGGCCAUAGUUGUAUUCUACCUUGCUAUCCUGGCAGUUGGAAUAUGGGCUGCUUGGAAAACCAAGAACACUGGCAGCGAAGGAGAUCGCAGCGAAGCUAUUAUAGUCGGCGGAAGAGACAUUGGCUUGCUAGUUGGUGGAUUUACUAUGACCGCUACCUGGGUUGGAGGAGGUUAUAUCAAUGGGACAGCAGAAGCUGUAUAUGUGCCAGGCUACGGUCUAGCUUGGGCUCAGGCACCUAUCGGAUAUUCCCUUAGUCUGAUCGUAGGUGGUCUGUUUUUCGCAAAACCCAUGCGAUCCAAAGGCUAUGUAACAAUGCUAGAUCCUUUUCAGCAGAUUUAUGGAAAAAGAAUGGGAGGGCUGCUCUUCAUUCCAGCUUUAAUGGGAGAAAUGUUUUGGGCUGCUGCCAUCUUCUCUGCUUUAGGUGCCACAAUAAGUGUGAUCAUUGACAUUAACAUCAAUAUUUCGGUCAUUAUUUCUGCCCUGAUUGCAACUAUGUACACUCUUGUGGGUGGUCUAUAUUCUGUGGCCUACACGGAUGUAGUCCAGCUCUUCUGCAUCUUCCUGGGGCUGUGGAUCAGCGUACCCUUUGCAAUGUCACAUCCUGCAGUGACAGACAUUGGGCUCACGGCUGUGCAAGAGGUGUACCAAGCACCUUGGCUUGGAUCUAUUAACUCACUUGACAUUUACACAUGGUUGGACAAUUUCCUUCUGCUGACACUAGGAGGAAUUCCUUGGCAAGCAUAUUUCCAGCGAGUUCUUUCUUCAUCUUCUGCCACAUAUGCUCAAGUUCUGUCAUUUCUGGCUGCUUUCGGUUGUCUUGUAAUGGCUCUUCCUGCAAUACUCAUUGGUGCGAUUGGAGCAUCCACAGCCUGGAAUGAGACUGAUUAUGGUCCUCCUGACCCCAUGACUAAAAAAGAAGCAGAUAUGAUUUUACCAAUUGUGCUUCAGUAUCUUUGCCCAGUGUACAUCUCCUUCUUUGGCCUGGGUGCUGUAUCCGCUGCUGUGAUGUCGUCAGCCGACUCUUCAAUUUUAUCAGCAAGUUCUAUGUUUGCUCGGAACAUUUACCAGCUUUCAUUUCGGCAAAAUGCCUCAGACAGAGAAAUCGUAUGGGUCAUGAGAAUCACUGUUUUUCUCUUUGGAGCAUCAGCAACAGCAAUGGCAUUGCUAGCUUCAUCUGUGUAUGGCCUGUGGUACCUCAGCUCUGAUCUCGUUUAUAUCAUCAUAUUCCCUCAGCUCCUGUGUGUGUUAUUUAUUAAAGGAACCAACACCUAUGGUGCCAUUGCAGGAUAUUUCUUUGGCCUUCUUCUCAGAAUAACUGGAGGGGAACCGUACCUGUACCUUCAGCCCUUGAUCUACUAUCCUGGCUGCUAUCCAGAUGAAAAUAAUAUCUAUGUCCAGCGAUUCCCAUUUAAAACACUUGCUAUGCUUACCUCCUUCUUUACUAACAUUAUAGUCUCCUACUUAGCAAAAUACCUAUUUGAAAGUGGGACUUUGCCACCAAAACUGGACUUCCUUGAUGCUGUUGUUUCAAGAUACAGUAGAGAACACAUGGACAAAGCAACUCUUGUAAAAAGUGACAAUAUUGUAUUAAAUGAACUUGCACCUGUGAAUCCACGGCACAGUCUGACUUUGAGCUCAACUUUCACAAAUAAGGAAGCUUUCAAUUAUGUUGAUUCGAGUCCAGAUCUGUCCAAUACCGAAGAUAAUUAAAGUCUGGUAUCCCCAAACAAAGUAGCGC